GUUGUGUUUUUUGAGUUGUUUAUCUUGAAUUUCCGUCCUCAGAUGGUCCGAAAUGGACCCCAACAGCUCUUGCUCCACCGGUGGUUCCUGCACAUGCGCCGGCUCCUGCAAAUGCAAGGAGUGCAAAUGCGUUUCUUGCAAGAAGAGCUGCUGCUCCUGCUGCCCUGCGGGCUGUGCCAAGUGUGCCCAGGGCUGCAUCUGCAAGGAGGCGUAGGACAAGUGCAGCUGCUGUGCCUGAUCCUGGGGAGCCCGUUCCCGAUGUAAACAGAACCACAUGUACAAAC